GGUUGUUUUUAGCCGGUAGCGAAACGUAGGAGCACAGCACUCGCCACAUUGGUCCGGGACACGACGACAGCAAUGCCGGAGUCGUGUUCAGCUUGGGGUUGUACGAACCGUCGCACACGCCAAAACAGAUCUAAAGGAAUUACGUUUCACAGGUUCCCCAAAAAGAAGGAUCUGAGAAGGCAGUGGGAGGUAGCCGCGCGCAGGCAAGUCUGUUCCCUCAGCAAGUCCUCUGUGCUCUGCAGUGAGCACUUUAGGCAAGAAGACUUUGACAGGACUGGUCAAGUGGUUCGAAUAAGAGAGGGUGCUAAACCCUCUGUCUUCAGUUUCUCUUCUCACUGUCGCAGAUCGAGGGCAAAAAAGACAACACAGACCUCAAGGAAUACUGAAGAGAGCGCUACGGUGGAAUGUUCUGUGUCAAAUGUCAAAGAGACAGAACCUCUCCCUAAUCUGGACCAUUCUUAUGCAUUGCCGGAGUCUCCCACCCUGCUCAAGUCCAGACUCUGCGACGCCCUGAUUCGUCUGGAGCAUCUCGAGCGACAGAUGAGGAACUUGAAAGACAGAGAGCGGAGAGCAAAGAUCAGGGUGUACUGUCUUCUAAGAGAAAUGAAAACGAAGAAGUCCACGAGGGAGAAAAAGAAGCCCUGAAACACCGUGACACAAACAUACAUGUUGUACAUGGUAGUUACUUUGUACAUUUACAAAUGCGGAAUUUAAGUCACGGCAUGCUCGCAAUGUUAUGUAAAUAAUUAUCGGUUUACAUUGUGGUGGGUACUGUAUAUAUUGCCAAGAUUGGAUUUUGUAAUAAAAUAUUUUUCCU